AUGGGCAAGCGCGGAACACCAAGAGCUUCUUGCGACCCCUGUCGUCGCAAGAAAGUCAAGUGCGACAAGGACCAACGUAAUGCGGAAGGUAUCUCGCUGUGCUCCUUCUGCUACACACGAGGAUACGACUGCAUCAUCACCGACGAUACUCGACCCAACGCCGACAAAUCUGAUAACGAUGACGGGCCCAACAACCAGCCGGCUUCCACACCGGCCAGCGCGGCCAAGAAGAAGCGCAAGCAAUCCGAUGCAGGCGAGAGCGCUUCAAAGGAUGUUCUUUCGAAUCCAAUCCGAGACGAUAGCUUCGUGCCGGAUCCCUUCGUGACGCCAGGCCCAUCGACCGAGCCAGACAUGCUCAAUGUUCGUGGCCUCACGCGCUCGAUCCUGGACGAUUCAGUCAAGUCCCACUUCCGUACCACCUACUGGUGCAAUCCGGUGAUGGAUCCGCGCCACUUCUACCCAAGGUACCAACGAUACAUUAGCAAGCUUGACAAUGCAGCAUCUUCCUCGACCAGUCACGACAUCUUUCCACCCGCCGACAUCAUCAUCCUUGCGGUUGCCUGCGCAGGCGUGGUGCAGCUCGGCUACUUGUCGCAUCGCUUCGACCUCCAGGCUCGCAUCUUUCGAAGACUCGAAAGACUCGUAUCACAGGCAUGCACGAAGGAUAUCACCGUGGCAUUGGACGUCUUAGAAGCCAUCCUACUGACAUUCGACGUGCCUGCUCGCACCAAGAGUAUCGACGAGGCCACCAACUCCAGCCUCGACGCCGGCUACGUUCAUCCUAUGAGCCACACCAAGAUGAUCCGGCUCUUAAACCAUCACGGCUUCAAUCGGUCCAAGGAGGACCCGGUCGUCAUGGCAAUUAGACUCAAGCACCGUACUGCCGAACGUGGCAGCCUGUCCGAGAUCAACGACGAACGCAUGCCGCUUGUCCUUGCCGUCGCUGCCAGCAACGAUGUCAUUCGCAGCUUUGAUCUCUUCGAACGACACCAGCUUUUGCAGGAAGACAUCGACCCGGAGGCCAUGAUGGCUGACCUUGGUGGGUUGGUAGGGAAUCAGUGGGCCUGGCAGCUGUCCGUUCUGGCUUCGAUACUGCGCACCAACAAUCUGCCCAUCUGUGCAGCUAGAUCUCGCCGUCUCGGCAUUGCGCCCUCUGCGAUUCUCGAAGUGCUCGAGCAGCUGGAGCGUUUCGAGAGGCAGAUGCCGGAACUGUUGCGAUGGAACACAUCCGCAGCAGAGAGUCACGGCUCCUCUCUACGGGCGCUGAUCCCGCACGACAACACCAGCGAAGACAUCAUCUCGAUUCUGGUGCGCAAGGCGUUUCUGUACUGUCUUCUCUGGAGUCAGUACCAAUGCAUUCACGCCAUGGUGCGAGCACACGGCUUGCAGCGUCCAGCUCAGAGCUCGCGUCCGGAAGGGACAUUGUAUUUGCGAGCACGCCAGCGUGUCGAUUCUUUGCUGCUGACUGCGUUCGACCGCAUGUCCGAGAUCUGCCCGCAGCUGGCAGCCAUCACGGUGCCGCCCACCUUUGCUUCAGUCAACCUGCUGGACUACAGCUCGAUCGCCUUCCGCAGCUCCAUCAAGCGUGGAGCGUACUACACGCUCGAGAUGGCCAAGCUGACGCGCAAGGCGGGCCUACACGAGCUCACUGCUGACCUGCUCUCGAAAGCGGGAAGGAUGAUCUACGCAUUCAGCACGUAUCAGUGCCACCCUGACACCCAAGCAGAAGCCUCCAAGCUGCGCAAGCUGCUGUCCAGCCUCUACUCGGAGUACGACAUGAUCCCAGGACUUGGACCGACAAACGACACCAAGCUGCGUCACGAGCGAGCACGCUUUUCGAGCGUAUUCGAGCCAGCUGCUGCAUUCCAGGACUCUGCUGCUACCGCGGCCUUUGUUGCGGAGAUGGCAGAAACGCCGUGGAACGGCGGCAACGACCCUGCAGCCACGAUCGGGACUGCAGCAUCGUGGGCUACCACUCCUGGCACCGACGAUCUGAAUGCGAUGAACGACUUCCUCGCCGGAUUGCCGUUUGUCAAUACAGCAGCAAGCGUGCCACCGUCUGCGAGUCCGGCUCAGGGACAAUAUGCGCAAAAGACACCAGCAUCGACGGGGACAGCGACAACGCCGUUCGAUCUGAAUGCGUUCCUGGAUACGCAGAUCGAUUCGAGUACUGUGCCUGGUCGGCAGGCAGGAUCAGGUUUCUAG